AUGGUACAAGAAAGCACUUGUGCACAUUUUCGUUUGCUGGUCCAUCAAGCGGUGCAUGUAGCUUCGAGAGCGUGCAGCUUUGUAUCGAAAAAGCACAACCCUCGCGACGAUUUCAAGCACUCAGGAGAACCGCCUCGAGACAGUACAACCACGCUGAAUGGAAGCGCAUGUGUCGCUGACGAGAACGGUAGUCCUGCUGGAAGCGACGAUGAAGAUGUGCUCACUUCACUUGGUGCAUCGUAUCGCGCGUGGCAAGUUUACCAUCGAGAGAAGCGAGCCCACGACUAUACCAAGACCAGGUUGGUCGAUUCCAUCAAACGAGAAAACGAGCUGACCAAGCAGAUGGCGCGUGUUGGUGGAUCUGUGGAAGGCAUCGAGCGCACAUUGAUGGGGCUCGAAGAUCUCGAAACUGCCGUGGCCACAUCAAACGAGUUGUUGCUCGGUGCUGGAGUGACCAGAAAAGCAGCAGACAAAGAUGCCGAGUGCACGCUCGAAAGUCCGUGCCAAAUGCACCUUGACCGUGUCCAUGAAGCAGAAAGCGCUGUCUUGCACUGGAAAACACAGUACGAGAAAGUGCUCCCAGAGCUAGCAGCAUGCCAUUUGGAGAGGGACCGGCUCGUGGGAGAGCUCCGCAUGGCCAAGAAAACUGCAGUGUUGAUGAUGAACCGACAAAUCGGUCAACUUGAGGCGCUGAAUAGCACCCACCACCAGUCUCUUCCACGCAUUCCUCGCCACCGUAGGAUCGACGUCAAGAAGCGGUCGUACAGCGACGUUGUGAUUUGA